AUGGUGGUACCCCUACAAGGUUUCCAAACAAUAAAUGACCAAGCGGAAAUGGAUUAUUGGCAAGACCAAAUGAAAAAUGAUGAACUUUUCGUUCAAUUUAUGACCGAAAUUUUCAAGAAGAAACAGCUGGAAGCACAACGUGAAAGAAGAAACAAUUGUAUGACUCAUCCUACACUAAUACCAAACACAUCAUCGCCUCCAACUGCACAAGAACCAGUACGACAACUACCUAGCCUCAUGGACCAGCCGAUAAUGACACCUAGCAACCAAGACCAAUAUUAUCAAGCUGUUGGAUCACCAAUGGUAACAAAUAGCAAUAAGCAUAACUCAAAUAUAGAUACUCAAUAUAGUACAGGAACAGCUCGACGAGCUUUGGAAGAGGCUAGUCCAGAAUACCGAACACAACAACGAGUAAAAAGACGUCGACAAGGAGAAAUAACCCCAAAGACAAUUCGAAGUAACUUUGGACCAGAAUCUGGAGCAGCAAAUGGAAAAAAUUAUGAAGUGCUUCCUAGCCAUGUAAAAAGGGCAAUGAGCAACAAUCUUCCAUGUUUUUACAUCAAAUUCAGGAGCACCAAUAAUACGGAAGAAUUUCAAUCAUUAUCAGCAAUGAAGGUCGCUGAAUUUAUUCGGGAAACAAUCUCCCAACAAUCGCAGUAUUCAUUAGAGGACAUAUCCUUAUUAGUACCAGUGGCCUUGAACCGUUUCAAGAUUGGAGUGAAAUCGAAGAAAAGUUUUCUUUUAUUAUGGCAGUGCAAAUGGUCCAGUCAAAUGGAUAAUUAUGAAGUUGAAGUCGAACGGCCACGUUCUUUACCUGAUUGCUGUGCCUUAGUUGUACGAAACGUUCCUGCAGACUUGCCCAACGAAUUUAUUUACCAGGAAAUCACAAAAUCAAUUUCAUCAGCAACAUCGCUUACAAAAAUGAAUUAUCAUCGACAACGGACCACAAACGAUUUCAGAUUUUGUGUAGCAGAUGAAAAGGAGUACGACGAAAUAAUGAAAAUUGGAAGAAUUGCAAUUGGACACGUUCUCCUCCCGAUUACCGCCUUCCAAUCCAGUUUGAAAUUGACGUAUUGCAAUAGCUGUUGGGAAAUUGGUCAUUUUAAAGCACAAUGUAAAGUAGGUCCCCGCUGUCGUUUAUGUUUAGAACCAUGGAACCGUGAUCACAAAUGUGAUAAACCAACAAAAUGUGCUCAAUGUCAUGGCGAACACCUAUCCCUCAGCAUGGAUUGUCCCAUAAUAAGAAGUUAUCGUCGAACAUUGAAAGAAGAAAUAGAGAAAGCAAUGGAAGAAGGUAAAGACAAAGGCUGGGACAAAGAAAAUGCAGUUACGAGUCACGCUGGUGCAUCAAGUGCCAAUCCUCAUCCUCCUCCUAACCAAGUAAAUCGAAACAAGAACGUAUGGGCAACAACUCAAGGAUCAACAACACAACACUCAGAACAGCACGACAAUAACCUAUUAAGUGAAUUGAACAUGGAAGUUAAAUCUAUACUAGAUGCAACUCGACGUUUGGAAAACAAACUUGACAUUAUCACAAGGAGAAUGGAGGCAUCGGAUAAAAUGAUCGUGAUCAACAAACAAGGUCUAAUGGUAUUAACCGAUAUCGUACAACAAACAAUCAACGCAUUAAUAGGACAGAAAAAAACAUCCGUCAUACAAAACCUGGCAAGCCAGAUUGAUAAAUUUAAAGAAGAUUUCGUGGAAAAAUUCAACAACCUCGACAACGAAAAAAUCCACGACACGUCAACAACUACUCCAAACGAAAAUAUCAACGACAACCGAAAAACAACAGACACUGAAGGCGGUAACAACAUUAAUCGAAGCGUAGAUGCUCCCGCUUUUUAUCCUGCCUUUCCCAUUACUGAUGUAAAAGGGUCCGUGGUCCAACGAGUUAUUGAUUGGGGCUUUCCUAGGAGCUUUGUCAACACUAUAUCAGAAAUUCUAGAGGAAUGGUAUGGAAAUAACACUUUACAUGGAGUUUUCGAAAUAUGGGAGAAGAAGAAACAGAAAUUUAUAAGUCAAAAAAGCCCCCUCAACAUCUUAUUAUACAAUGUAGAAGGCUGGGGAAGUAGGUCACUGGAAACGGUGGAACUAAUAUGUAAAUCUGACAGCGCUAUCUGCAUCUUAACUGAAGUAGGUGAGCUAUGGAAUAGUUUCGCAAUCCCGAAUUUUAACACAUUCUACAAGGAAGGAACAAAUGGCAAAGGAGGUGUCAUGAUAGCAGUAGGGAAACACCUAAAAGUGACUCGCAUCGAUAUAGAUAUUGAAAAUACAGUCAUAGUGGAUGUAGAUGGACUAUCCGAACCAAUAAGAGUAGUAGCUAUAUACUGGCCACAGUGUCAACAACGUAAAUUUGAGGAAAUAUCACCAUUCAUAGUAGAGAACACUAUAGUAGCGGGAGAUUUUAAUGGCACAGCACAGGAAUGGUGUAGCCCAUCAACAGACACAAGAGGCAAACUUCUACGAAGUUGGAUCGAAGAAGUUAAUUUGAGAUUCAUCCCUGGCACAAAGAAUUCUUCAAAACGUUCGGACAGACAUAUAGACCUUAUUUUUACGAAUGUAAUAGAUGUUAAAGCCGAAACAUUAGAAUUAGGGACAAGUGAUCAUUGGCCCCUAGUGAUGACAAGUGAACACAUCGGAUUCCAAACAAAUGGAUACUUUCCGACCGUUAACUGGAAAGCCUUCGAAGUGAUGUUACAAUUGCUGCAGGAAUUCUGGACGAAAGAACUAGAAAAGCAAGAAGUAGAUGGAUGGUACUCUGUGUAUACCAGAUUCCUAGCUGCACUAAAGAAUAGAGUAACAACUUGGAAAACGGUUGAGAAGUACCGCCCGGCACUACCACCCCAUAUAAUUGGAAUGUUAAAAAAGGUUAGACAAAUUAGGAAUAGAUACUACAGACAACGAAAAUGGUUCGGAGGAAUAGGAAAUGAAGAGGAUAGAAGACUGCUGCGAAUGCUAACUAGACAAACAAAUAUAGAAAUAAACCGAUAUAAGACGGAAAAUUGGAGUAAAUUCCUAUCAUCAAUACAAGAAGCACACGACCUAAGAGGUAAAGCCUUCUGGUCACAUCUAGCCCGAAUUUAUAAACCAAAAACUACACCGAUAUUUAAACUAGCAAAGAAUAAUAAAGUUAUAGCUGAUCAACAAGAAAUAACUAAGGAAUUAUAUGAGUAUUAUAGUGAAUUAGGAAAGCCAGUGAAUAUUAAGAAACAAGACAAAAGCGGAAUAGAAAUCGAAAGUGAAUAUAAACUCAUCAAAAACGCAUUGAAAAUAGACAAACAACUCACGAUAGAACCAAUAUCACUAAUAGAGCUCAAAAAAGAAGUGAAGAAAUUAAAAAACAAAGAAUCAGCAGGCUACGAUCUUAUAUCCAAUCGUAUGAUUAAAACACUACCACCGCAAUACCUCCAAUGUCUCGUUAAUUGCUUCAAUUCAUGGUUAAAGGAAUGUCGAUACCCAGAAGUCUGGAAACUUGCAAGGAUAAUCACGCUUAGUAAACUAAACGCAGGCAUCCCUCAAACAGACCAAACUCGACCUAUCUCAUUGCUACCCACACACUCUAAACUUUUCGAAAAAAUAAUUUUGAACAGAAUCAGAUAUUGGGCGGAGACUAAUCAUUUAGUACCUAGAGAACAAUCUGGUUUCAGACCUGGUGGGUUGCUAAGUACACGUGUACUUUCAAUAUACCAGGAAAUCAAAAACGAACUAGCGGCUAACAUGCCAUGUCUGGCGUUGUAUUUCGACUUCAAAAAAGCUUACGAUACUGUAUGGCACGCUGGAACAAUAAGAACAGGAAGGCGUACAUUUACCUGGGAAAGAACGAUUCCUCUAUUUUCAGGCUGGACAUAG